AUGGAUCUGUCACCUCCGCCUUUGAGCAGAUCCCCUGUGUCCUCGCCAAACACCGACUACCCCUCGCCAGACCUCGUGGACUCACACUAUAAGCUUACUUCUUUGUACGACCAGAACUGCGGCAUGGAUCCCAACCUCGACUCAGAGUCUCUGCCCCCUCUGGAUGCAACAACUUCCGCUGAGUGGAAUAAUCCUGCACUGUUGCACACUUCGACAUCUGCAGACAUCCCAAACAUCCUGUCGGGGGAUUACAACACAUUUGCCAACUACGAUCCUGCUCUCUCGGCACCGUACACAACUCACGAUAUUUAUUCGUCAAUACACGCACACGCGCCAGCAGUGUCACUCGACUCACAAUCACUAUCCAGAACACUUUCGCAUUCAUCAGACCUGUCCUCCCGCCCAAGUUACACCACAUACAGUCAUUGCGACUCCCCUCAACCACACGUCAAGAUGGAGGGCGCCAGCGAGUAUCCUGAUCCGUCUGAUGUUCCUCGAUACCCGUCGCCGCACCUAGGCACAGCUCUACCGGUUGAGGUGGGUGGCUAUAGCAGUGCGGCAAGUAGUUCUGGCUAUCUGUCGGAUGCACCAUCCAGUUCUUGGCCGAAAUCUGAAUACGGGCCUUUGGAGCCGGACGCAUUUGGGACCGGCUCAAACAUGGCAGCACCGUCACUCAUCCAGGGCAGACAGCCUUACAAGAUCCGGGGACCUCAUCAUCAGAGGACCAAGCAGCCACGGAGGCUCACCACAAAGGAAGAAGCAAACUAUCAGUGCGAAGUAAAGGGUUGUGGGAAGCUCUUCAGCAGGAGCUACAACUACAAGGCGCAUUUGGAAACCCACGAUGAGAACAGAGAGUAUCCAUUUCCAUGCGCGGUAUCCGGAUGCUCUAAGAAGUUCGUACGCAAGACGGACCUUCAAAGACAUCACCAGAGCGUACAUAUGAAGGAGAAAAACCAUAGGUGCGAUUUCUGCAGCCGUCUGUUCGCAAGAAAGGACACAUUAAGAAGGCACAUGGAAGACGGAUGUUCCAAGCGUUUUGACAUUGGCACCCUUGAUUUACGUUCAGAAGGCUACGACACAUCGGCAUACUCGCGGCCUUCUCCCAAUCUUCUCGCACCGCCGACUCAACUACCUCCCAUGGCAAGCCCUCGCCCACGAAGUUCAAAUCCAAACCUCCUCGAGCCAGUUUCGGCUUUAAUGCGUAGAGAUUAUUAA